AUGUCCCUCCGCCUGCCAUGGCAUCCUUUCCAUCUGGGAGAUAUCUUGAUCACCAUGCCAGGCCUCUGCCUGCUAGGUGUGGUGCACUGCGCCACCGUGUUCUUUGAGAUGGCCAUUGUUGAGGCUAUGUCGGCGGCUGGUCAUUUCAAGGAGACCCUCUCCCCUUUGAUCCUCGUUUUCUCCGCCAGCGUUGUGACAGUGUUCUACACUUUGCCUGCGGUCCUGUUCGUUGCCUUUGUCUACUUCGGCGAUGUCACAAAGCCAUGCUUGAUGGCUGCUUGUGGCGCCGUUCUUGCAUGCAAAAUGGCAUCAGAGCUUGCCAGUACGAGCCCGCUUGCCAAGCACCUGAAGUGGACUGUGGCGCCCAUGCUCUUCUGUGCAAUUUCGUUGUGUGAUGUAUGGCGGUUUUGCUGUUGUGCUGUCAUUCUGCUCUCGAUGAAGUUCGGCUUGGCGAAACUCAGCAAAAACUUCAAGUCCCCACAACCUGCACCAGGUGAUCCUCUCCGCAUUUUGUGCAUCGGAGACAGCUUUUAUCCCUACAUGGAUGGUGUACAAACAUUCACCACCAACACGAUUCAGCAGUUGAAGAAGAUGGGGCAUGACGUGCACGUCUUCACUUCCGUGGCCGGACCCGACAAGUUGUUUGACGUGGAUGUGACGCGUGGAGCUGGCAUGAGUGGUAACUAUCCAGGUCAUUCACUUACAUUGCCAAGCCCCGCUUUGUUUCGAGCAUUGACCUUUCGACCGCACUUGGUCCAUUUGUUCGACACUUGUCCCAUUGCGUUGCUCACAAGCUUCGUGCUAUGGCUGUUGGAUAUCCCAUAUGUUUGGUCUCAUCACACUCGCAUCGACCACUACGUCCAGUUCUUGCCUCAGCCAGGACCGCUGAUUGGAAUAGCAGUACUCCGAGCGUUUGGCACCUUCAUGUGCAACUUAUGCAGCACGCACAUGAUGGUGGAUGAUGCCAUGAGGAAGGAGACCCCCUGGCUACAGGGUGUCGAUGAUGAUUGCAAGUUCUUCUGGAAGUCAGGUUGUGAUGUCAAUAAUUUUACUCCUGAAGCGCGGUCGGCAGCAACACGAGAGUGGAUCAGUGGUGGACGACCGGAUCUACCUGUCAUUGCGUUUGUCGGGCGCAUGGCGUACGAGAAGAACAUCAAGUUGCUUCCAGAUUUGAUCAAAAAGUUUUCAGAGCAUGGAUUGGAGAACAAAUGCCGCUGGGUGAUCGUGGGGAGCGGCCCAGCGGAUGAUGAUAUUCGGAGUCAGCUGGAUGGCUUCGGCAACGUGGUCUUCACAGGUCGGCUGGGCAAGGAAGAGCUCGCGAAAGUCUACGCCUCCUCGGAUAUGCUGUUCAACCCUACAGUGACGGGAGGUUGCGACCUGGUUCUCUUAGAAGCACAAGCAGCAGGCUUGGCAGUCGUGGCACCCCGCUUGCCAGUCAUCUCCAUAGUUGUGGGUGACGGUGUUCGUGGGAAGUUGUACGAACCCUUGAACAUGGAAGAUGCAAAGAGGGCCGUGCUAGAGUGCAUUGCUGACUUGGAGCGACUAAAAGCACCCACACGAGCUCAUGCAGAAGCUGAGUUUGCGUGGGACCGUGUCAUUGCAGAUGCCGUGAAGAUGUACCGGAAAGCACUCACGGCUCCAAGCCGGUACUGA